AUUAUUAAUAAUAGUAAUGUGUAUACAGAUUAGCUCCUAAAAAUAUUUUCUUUCUCUCUCUCUCUCUCGUUCUCUUUUUUUUCGCUUUCUCUCUUUCCAACAUAUAAAUAAUCAAAGUCGUUUUAUCCAGUAUCAAAGAGACAUGUUAAUUAAAUCUAUUAUAGUCUAGUUAAAUUGGGCAAAAAAAAGCAAAGUGCAUGCGUGCGUGCACGCUUUUCUUCAGGCAUAAUCUCUCUGCUUGAUGUGAUAUAACGAAGAUUCUUUUUCUUUUUACAAAUCAGUGAUCGCCUUACAAAUGUCUAACAUAUAAUAUUUCAGAAAAAACACGGAAAUACGUUGAGAAUUAUUGAAGGUUCGAAGAGAUUACAUCGAUUAUCGUAAAUAUUUGGUCGAUUACGCGUUACCUAAUUGUUUAUUAAAAAUCGUUAAACUUACUAUUUAAUAUUAUCACUAUAAUGCCGCAUAAUAAUAAGUUUAUUUAUUUAUAUCUCGAAAUGUUUAAUCAACUUAAAACAGUUAUAAAAUUUUAAUAACAUAUUAAAAAAGUAAUUAAUAACCCUGAAAUAUUAUAAUUAUAAGUCUACUUUUCUUUUUUUUUUUUUACUCGCUAACAAGCGCUCUCUCGCGUGCGUUUGUUUAUUUUUUGCGUAAAUUAUUGUUUAUUUAUUAUUUGUCUGAAUUGAAUAAUGAGGCAUUAUAUUAAUAUAUUAUCAUGUGUCAUCUUAAUUAAAUUAUUAACUUGCAAAUCAACUAUCAUCAUCGAAAUUGCGAUGAGAUAGUUAGACGUAUAAUUAAAACGUAUAAUUAAUUACAGAUUAAUCAAAGGAUUACGAAUAUAUCUUAAUAUUACUUUGUCUGCUAAGUAAGAAGAAAUUCGCCAAAUAACACGUACCUUAGAUAAAUAACAAUAUACACUAUCAAUUAUAAUGAGACUAUAAUUCAUACAUAGACCGUCCUCGAUAUUUAAAAACACAUAUCCUAAAUGAAUCAUUUUCUUCUUUUUUUUUUUGGUGGCAAGAAUCGAAGUUGAAAACUCGAAUCUCACCGAUUUUUUUCACUUUCAUUUUUUGUUUUAUUACUCCUUUGAGUAAAAAACGUUAAUAACGUUAAUAAAGUGCUCUUAUUUAAAAUCUGCACGUUAAUAUACAUUACAUUCGGCAUUCUUUGGAGAUUCUUUCUCGAUAUCGAGGGGAGGAAUUACGGGGGAGUUAUAAAUACAUUGGAAGAUUAUUCUUUCAUCGAAUUAUCCAGUUCGUCUCGAACGAAAAAGCAAGCUCUAACAACGAGAAGUUCAUGAGAAUAAUUCUCGAACGCUGCCAAAAAUACAUUUGAAUGUUCUCCAAACAUUGAUAUACUUUGUGUACGUGAAAAAUCAAAAAGGGUAAUCUCCCCCCUCCCUAUGUUUAACGCACGAUCGAGUGAAAUUAUCCUCUAAUCGUCAUGUACACACGUUCGUUUGUUAGAGGCAUGGAACUCCUCACCAGCAGGUACGAUCGGAACGAAUCGCAUUCCUAAUGACAUUUGGAGGAUAAGUAGUGAACGGCGAUUGCAGCAGUGAUCAUGACGUAUAACAUUGAAGGCUGACAUUGAAUAAUUAUCAGGACGUAAUAACAUUGUAUGUAUGUAUGUGUAUGGUUUUUUUUUUUUUUUAGUAAAUAUAUAUUCUUCCCCUAAGGAAAACUCGAAAUUUUAAUGAAAAUUUGCUUUAUUAGAAGGAAAAUAUUUGUCUAGAUAAAGAGACUUACAGCGAUGCAAUGUCUCCUUGAAGUUUGGAAAGCGAACAGAAAGGUUCCCUACACAUGUGCAACGUGCCAAAAUUAUCCAAAACACUGAAUCACAGCUUUGAAUUACGCAUUCUUAGAAAAUCUUCCCCUCCUCGCAUUUGAAUACGUUCAUCGGACGAUAUUUCUGGACGAGAGUAGUCAGUAAAUGUGACGUGAAUAUUGUGGGAGUAUCCGAAAAUUCAGAUCUCAUUUCUCUUCUUUUCUCUCUCAUCCGUAGGCGUUAAAGACGCAUUUCGAGGGCGCGCCUAUUUAAGCUUGUCGCGUUUAUGCAGUUGAAUCAGUCGAAAUUCGUAUUCCUGAACCGUGUGUACCUCCCCUCUGGUCUAAUUCUUCUUUAACGAGAGGAAAAAAAAAGAAUAUUUAAAGGUGUGUGUUCUUUCCUUGGCUGUUAAAUUCUUCACGUUCCCAAAAAACAAGUCACAAUAGUACUUGAGUUUAAAAAGCUUGUGCUGCAUGUAAUUAUUCUAUACAUCUUUCUUUUUUUCUUUUUAUUUAUUUUUUUAUUUUUUUAUAUUACUAUUAUCAGUGAAUCGGUCGAUGUUCUUACUUUUGUCGGACAAAAAAGAAAGAAAUGCGCGAAAACGCUUUAUAUAAAGUAAAUCGGUAAGAAUCCUAAGCUGCACUUAAGGACUAAUACCUACACGUUCUCUUAAUCGUUCAAAAAUGUCGGGUAUCACCUUAAUCCGAUUAACGUUGAAAACUCUUAGCUCUAGAAACGGUAUUAUGUCAUUUUAUGAUUUUUACUCCUUUACUCCAUUUUCACUACAUUUUGUAAUUCGGUUAUACGAUAACCGAUCAUUGUCAACAAUAUUAUUCGUUUGAACGCGUAUAGGAUGGUUAUCAACGCGCAACGUAAUCAUGAAAAAGACUAACACGUUUUUUUAAUUAAUAGUCACCUUCUAUUACACGCGAGUUUUAUACGAUAUACACUUUCAUACUUCCUCACUUACUAAAUGCUAAAGAAGUUUCGCGCAUGAAUAUAUCGAGGAUAAUAGUUUCAUUUUUCUCAUAACGUCGAAAUGUUUAAUAGUAGUAGUAAUAGUAGUAGUAGUAGUAAUAGUAGUAAUAGUAGUAGUAGUAAUAAUAAUAAUAAUAGUAGUAAUAGUAGUAGUAUUUGGAGACUUAACUGACUAACUUAUACUUUAAAGUACGAUCGAAAAACAUGAUUUAACAGUUAUGUUGUAUUCGUCAUCAUCGCAGGAUUACGUCAUACGACACGCGUUUUAAUGGAAACAGUAAUUUUCCUUUCCGUUUCUCUCUUCUAUUACUCGUCUUAAAUCAUUCCUUAACAGGAUAAAUACUUUUUACGUUCUUUCAUAGGAUGUUAUUACCUUCUUUUGCAUGUUUGAAUUUAAUAUUUUGAUGGUAGAAAUUAGUAAAAAUUCUUAAUGUCAGACGACCGAGGAACGGUAAUUAUUCGACCUGAUAUUCGAAUCAAAGUUCUUUGAUGUUCAUGUAUUUCUGGUAUAUAUCUAUAGCCGAGAUUUUAAACCUGCGUAUACGUAGCUCAGAAUAUUUAUACAAUUUCUGCCCCUUCUUUCACAUACGCUUCGCCUAUACUUCUAAAAACGAUCUUUAUCUGUAUCGUUUUCUUCUUCUUCCACUCCCUAAAUAUCUAGACUUUUACUUAUGCUAAAGCGUAUUACAUUAUGCGUAUAAUUAAUUACAUUUCGUAUUAUAUUAUACGUAUAAUUCGAUGGAAAUGCAAUAGUGUGUGUUCUUAUUUCUUUUUCCGUUUUCUCUCUAAAAUGGCUUAAAACGAUGCGCGAUUCUUAACAAACGCGCACCCAUUUCUCCCUGUAGUAAUAUAUCAAUGUCUUUUUCCUUCAUAAGGAAAAAAAAAAAAAUUCGUUACAUGAUCAUUUUUUUAAAUUCUAAACAAAAAAUCUUAUUCACGGAAAUGGUAUUCACAUAAAAUCUACUAUUCGAGUCCUAACCGAGAAAAAUUCGUCAUUUUCGAUGUCACGAAUAUAUAUUUUUUCGUUUGAGAAUGAUUUUUGAAAUGCGCGAUGUAUGAACUUCCCGCUCGACCUCUUAUUGAAAAAUUUCGAAUUAUCUUGAAUUGUUACUUUGAUUGUUAACAAGAUGUGUCUUAAUCUCGUGAUUUAUUGUAUCGUGCUCGAAUAUGUUAAGUGUAUGUUAAUGUUAAACGUGAAUAAUGAAUUGUAACGCGUGCACGUUUUCCAAGCACGACGAGAAAUAAUUGUGUCCGGUUUGUCCCCUAUCCCUUUUCGGUGUUAAAGUACGAAUUAUCGAUUAUCGCGUGCGAAGAAAAUUCGGAUCAAAUCGCUACGAAUCUAUACUUAUAUACUCACUUGCUGUGCGUUCGAGUAAGACCUAAUUAUAUAAUAAUAUAUUCGUGGCGAAGAUGGUCUCGAGGAAACGCGUAAACAAUCGAACAACAAUGUUGUUAUUUGUUGUAUUCAAAUCGAGAUAACUAAUCCGCGAUUACAGCAACAAUUUUCAUGAUAUCUUCGAGAUCAUUUUUUUCAUAUUAUCGCGGAAUCUCUUUCGCUUUAUCCUCGCAUUGUUAUGUUAAAAGACUCGCGUUAAAAGUGAAGUUCCUAAUUUUCGAAUUACGUCAUGUGUAUACAUAUGUGUUUUGCGUUUCAUUAUCAAGAUUAUUACUAAUUGCAACCGUUGUCCAAGGUAAAAUCUAGAUCGUGUUCCUUAUAGCUGUAACGACAGGCGUGUGAGUUGUGAUUUGUAGAUUAAUUUGUAGAUUAGUUUGCAGAUUUUUAAGCUCAAAAGAAUCCCCUUAGCACGUUCUUAAGUAAAAAUUGCUUACAGCUUAACUUUUAAUUUGUCAAACUUCCAUUCGCGUGUUAUAAGUCGUGGUGAGUACACGUUUAACUAGGUAAUACCUAACAUAACGUCUCCAUCUUUCUUUCCCUUAUUGUUUUCCGUAAUUUUUAUCGAUCUAUAAUACUACCGUCUUAGAAUCGAAAAGUAAGAACUGACCGAUAUUCACCGAUUUUUUUUUUUUUUAUACUUAAACCGUUUUAGAUGUCAGUCGUGCCUCUGAUAUUUCGCGAUUGGUGGGACGAUUUCGAACGACCGAUGUCUCGAUUGAUGGACCAACACUUCGGCAGAGGACUGAAUCGAGACGACUUGUUAUCACGGUUUUCCGAUAUCAGCUUCGAUAGACCUCUACGCUCGAUAUUUCGCGACAGGUACUACCGUCCAUGGAGAAACGUGGCAUGUCAACCAUCGAGCGGAGCCAGCACGAUUCAACUCGACAAUAAAGACAACUUCCAGGUAAUACUGGACGUUCAACAAUUCUCACCGGAAGAGAUUACGGUGAAGACGGUUGGUAAUAAUGUUAUUGUCGAAGCAAAACACGAGGAGAGACAAGACGAGCAUGGAUUUGUCAGCCGACAAUUCAUACGGAGAUACGUCUUGCCUCCAUCUCACGACGUGAUCAACAUUACCUCGAGUCUAUCUUCGGAUGGUGUUUUAACUAUUACGGCACCCAAAAAGGGAGAAACACCUAGUGGAGACGAACGAAUCAUUGAAAUCGUGAAAACCGGAGAACCAGCGGGUAAAUCGAUCAAAAUAGAAACGACUACGGAAGAAAAAUAAUAUGUAUUAUCUGAAAUUUAUUAAUUGAAUCCUUAUUUAAUUUAAAUAUCAUGUUUAUUAUAAAUUUGUUAAUAUCAUAUUUUCGUAAAAUAAUUUAAAAUAAUAUUUUAUAUAAUAUUAAAAAUGAUAAAAGGUUUAAACAUUAUUAUUAUAAAAUUUGGUUAAAUUAUUCCAAAAUAAUGUAAAAAAUUUUGUAAUCCAAAAAAUUUUUUUAAUUACAUAAAUAUCAUUCAAUUUUCAACAUUA